GGGACAGGCUCGAUGGCAACAGAUGUGUGGACCUCGUCUUAAUGACACCCCUGAGCUCUCCAAGGGGCGGUGUUGUUCGCUAGGGUGAUACGAAAGCAUGGGAGAGAGAAAGAGUAGGGGAAUCGGCCUAGAGGGGGAAGAGAGAGGGAGAGAGAGACUACGCCUGUCGCUUACAGGAAUAAGCAUCGCCUCUUCAACUCACCAUAACCAGUUGACAAAAGUGCGCAGCUUGUCCUACUUUUCUAUCUUUCUCCACUGGAUGUCAUCAAAACAUUUUUGAGUGGAUUGAAUUCGAUAAUAUAUUUAUUUUGUCUCGUCUUACGAGGUUUUUAGGUCCAGCCUGUGGUGCGCAACUUGCUCAGAAGCGCGACAUAACACAAGACAGAAGUUGUUUUCAGUAAGACGGGAGUUGCACCAUGAGAGCGGAGCGGAGUUUGUCGGGAUGUUCUGGACUGGCCCUAUGCGGACUUCUGGCCUUCCUCUUGGGAAUGUCUGUCCACCCAACACAGGCAGGCUGCGCCGAGAGAGAGUCUCCCAACUGCUGCAGCGGACGGAACAAUGAAUGUUUUGAGUACACAAAGCGAAAAACCGUGUGUUACUGUGACACAUAUUGCCAGAAAACCGGGGACUGUUGCGAAGACUACAAGCGCGUGUGUCAAAUAUCCGCAGCCAUAGACUGUGUGGUGGGUUCGUGGGGGGGGUGGUCUCCGUGUUCGUCCCUGUGUGGGGAGGGGAGUACGGAGCGCAGCAGGCAGGUGCUCACACCCCCCCGGAAUGGGGGCACCCCCUGCCCCGACCUCAAGCAGCGCAGAGGCUGUCUGGGCCACACGCUUCAGUGCAGCUCCGCCAAAGAGGUGGCUAAAAUCCUGCCCGACUCCUUCAAGAGGAAUUUUAAGGACCCCUGGAGAAGACCACAUAUGCUCAUGAAAGAGGAGAAGCCAAGCUACUGUGUGUACAUGCGUGUGAGGCAGGCUAGUGUGGUGUGUAAGCAGAGACUGUGGAGUGCCCAGCUGGUGCUUGAGCGAUCCGUGUGUGUCGAGUGUCAGAGCGAUGCCAUGGCGACCGACAACCGCUGUUCUGGCGACGGGUUAGAGGGCAUCAAAACAUUCUGGACCACGGCAUCUGCACCUGGUUGCCAUGGUUCCUGGGUAAGGGAAUCGUCACGCGAAAAGUGCCGCUGCCCUCCGUACUCAGUGCUGUUUGUCUGAGCAGAAAACCCUCUUCUUCCAAACCCAACCCCCCAUAUCGCACAUGUAGAGACAUGGUACUGCCACCACGCUCCCUGUUAACCAAUAAGAGUUUGGCCAGAAACUUUGGGAGGCUACCAUUUAGAGAACCAAAGGGGGAUUUCUGAUUAUACUCCUAUGACACUCCUGUUAUACCCUAAUCAUAAGUAUUGUGAAUAUAAACACAUCAAUAUAAACCCAGUAUUUAGAAUCACAUCCCAUGAGAACACAAUAACUACCCCAUUUCUGUUACUACCCUGCCCCUUACCCCGCUAUCUACCUCCUAUGAUUCUAUUGCCUUUAAACAUGCAUCAUGUACAAUUAUUAUAAAAUGAUUACUAUUUUUUUCUUUAUACAUCCUGUCUUUGUGUAUCUGAGUAUCGUAUGUCUUUGUGUAUCUGAGUAUUAUAUGUCUUUGUAAACCUGUUUUGAAUUUGUUUGUGUUUCAUUUUCGUCUUGGUGUGCUUGUCUGUAUGAAUGUGUGUAUGUGCCAACUUUUGACUGUGUGUGUGUGUGUGUGUGUGUGUGUGAUUGUUUGCCUGUGUGUGUGUUUGGAGUUUUUCUUUGGGAACUCAAUGUGACAGUGCAUCUAAGAUUGUUGGGAGCAUUAGGGUCCAGUGGCGUAUUUCCUCUCAUGUGUAUUUUGUUAUCAAAGGAAACAUUUCUACAAGUAAUCAUGCUUGCACGUACAUAUGUGUGUAUGUCUGUGUGUGUGUGUGUGUGUGUGUAUUUGUAUGUAUGUAUGAAUGUAUGUAUGAAUGUAUGUUUGUACGUAUGUAUGGCAUGUGUAUGUAUGUCUGUCUGUCUGUGGCUGUGGGUGUAUUUGUAUGUAUGUAUGGCAUGUGUAUGUAUCAGUCUGUAUGCUUAUAUAUGUGUGUACGGUCUAUAUCAAAAUCCAAAGUAAUUGCAGAGAGCUCAGCACAUAAAGUGUUUUGGCCCAGGUGAAGUUGCUGGACCUGCAUAUACAGUAUGUACUUUUGCUUCUCAGAUAAAAUUAUUUGUUUUGCUUUUAUUCUUAAGGAGCCUAUUGUAACAUCUGGCCAGGGACUACAGAUGAAAAUGUGCUUUUUUUUGGCUAACUCUGGCAUAUUUACAGUAAUGUUCAUUAACGCGCACUGUCCAUGUUAAAUAAAUGAAUAAAUAAAUAAAUCUGACCUUGGUCUUCGUGAGACAUGGGCCUGGUCUUCAUGAGAUACGGUCCUGGUCUGGGCCAUAUGUGGGCCAGAUGUUUUGUUUAUUCUAUUUUGCUUCAUUUCACUAGAGUAUGGGACGCACACACACACACACACACACACACAUUUUAAAAUACAAAACUUGGGAUAUACGUUGUUCAGGAUUAUACCUGAACAGGUGUAAAGGUAUGACUUCACUUAUAGCGUUAAUCAAAAAUAAAUAUGCUGUUACACAAUAAA